UGUUGAAAAAACUCGAAGAUAUCUCCAGAAAGAAGGGUUUGCUGGAAGAGUAGAAGGUGAUGUGUUGGAAGUUUUUGAGGGAGUACGUAAAAAUGUUGCGUCGGAACUGAGAGAGAUAGUUCAAAAACCUAUUACGCCUUUUCUACCGAAAAAACGUGCGCGUGAUAUGCAAGAAAGAGAACUUGAUGUCACGAAUGAAUAUUUGAUGAAUUCAGUGACCGAUGCUUCCGAUAUUUUCGAAAAAGUAACUUUUCCGUCAUACUAUAACAAACUUAAAACUAUCUGGAAAAAUCAAGAUUCUGAGUCAAAUUUUUACGUACUCGAUUUAGGGGAUGAAGACUCAUGGAAACAGAUAUAUAGUGUUUUGGAUGAGGGUGAAUUGGAUUCGUUGCAUGAAAGGUUAACAUUGGAAGAUGAAGAAAAAUUCAUAAGUGAAAAGACGCAAGAGUAUUUAGCGUUUUUUGAUGAUAUUGUACCCGCUCAAUCGAAGGGAGACGAAGCAGUUGAUAGUUAUCUUGUGGAUGAUGAUGAUUACAAGACUAUAGAAAAAAAUAGUGAAGUGGAGAAAAUAGUACAUCAAUUGGGCAGUGUAUCCGAAAAAUAUCACUAUUUAUCCAACUUCUUUCCUAUGCCGGCGGACUAUGAUCAACCCAAAAUGCCUGAUUUAUUUAUUGUCAAGAAUAUCUCCAACCAUUUUGACAUCAUCACAAAAAUGAAUGGUGCCAUGAAUAAAACUCCUGAGCGGACAUGGACGGCCCAUGUAUUAGCAUACAUUUUUUUUAUCACUUGUUGUUUUAUUGACUCGUCGCAGUAUUUUUCAUGUGAAAGAGACAUAUCUACAAAGAUUGAUAUUCAAGAUUAUGGUUAUAAAGCCGAUGGUGUAUUAGAGCUUUUCGAGCGACCCAAACAAAUUCCAUUGUUUUUGCUUGAAGUGUCGGAAGGGCCUAAUAACCCGGAUCCAGACAAGAUUAAUGAUGAUAGGCGUAAAUUAUUGAAUGAGGGAGUCUUUGGCCUUAAUAAACUUAUGUUAAGUCCACGAGCAA